AAAAUUUUUAAAAAAUAAUUUAAAAUCAAAAUAUGUAUAUAGAACCUUUAAAUUGGAUUGACGUAAUCCAAAUUAAUCUCGGGUGGUUAACGAUUUUUCGCAUUAUUUUUUUUUCCUGUAAUUGCAAACUUGUCAAUAAAAAUUCAAAAGGAUCGUCUCCAUUUAUCAUCUGCGCGAAAGAAUGGAAAACUACGCAUGCGUAUUUGUCAACCCACCAGGAUCAAAUCGAGUAAAUAAACGUAUAGCGAAAGAGGUAAAAGCUACAGAACGUAAAGGAUGUCGAAGGUGAUCUGAUCACUUAAUUUACAAGACAUUUAUAUAAAAAAAACGAGGAUACUUAUUUACAGAAUAUGGUAUCAGUUUCAGUUUUAGGCGCCGCCACAGGUGUGGGUUUGGCGCUAGUCGUCAGUGUGACAGUCGUGCUCUAUCGAUAUUACUCGCGCAAUCGCAAAUCUAUGUACUCAGCGCCAUCUUUUGGCCAAGGAUGUAACGAGAAAAGCAAAGUGCUAUUAAGAGAAGGUUGCGUCGCUAUGUCGCUAUCGCAGCAACAGAACUUCAGCAUCUUCCGAGAGCAACCGCAGAGAACGUCGCCGUCGGCUUCGGUCAACUGCCAGGCUUCUCCGCAUCCCGAGAACGUCCACGUUCGCCUGUCGUUGCCGGACGUGCACGUGGCGGAAGAGGUGCCCUCGUCGCAGUCCAGUUAUUCGCUGCCCACCGCCAGAAGAAGAUCGCCCACCGUCAGUCGGGCUAGGUCCAUGGACGCGAGAGCUAUCCCGCGUCUCUCCAUCUGCACUCGAUCCGACAGUCAACAGUCGACCAAUAACGAAUUGCGCAGCCCUCUGUCUCCUCAUCCGAGGACUCCGUCUCCCGAUAACCUUUCGCCUUUUUCGGAAGCGGUGCUCAGACCUCCCUCUCCGGGCACUUCCGGCAGACCCAAGUCUCUUUCGCCUCUUUCUCCUCUUCUCUCGCCGGCCUUCUCUCUCCCCUCCGACUCCGGUGUUAGUCCGGGAGCCGCCAGUCCCCUGGGUGCAAUUCAACCGGAUUUAUAUAAAAAGAAAGACAUGGUCUUCUUCCAAUCGACGCCGGGUAAUCGAGAGAAAUCGAAGUGCGGACGACUCCACUACAAACUCAAAUACGACUUCGAUCGUUCCGACUUGAUCAUACACGUGAUCGAAGCGUUGGACUUGGGUAUUCUGUCAGAGAACGGUUUUAACGAUCCUUACGUCAAAGUGACAAUGAUACCCGAAGUAGAUAAUAAGCAGAGACAAACGGUUAUCAGAAGAAAUUCUACCGAUCCUUAUUUUGACGAAAUUUUUAAAUUUCCCGUUACUUACGACGAACUGGCCGACAGAACGCUCUUGCUGCAACUCUUCGAUUACGAUAGGUUUUCUCGCAAUGAUGUCACGGGAGAAGUAAGCAUCCCUCUGGCGGACUUGGACGUGACUACGGAAAUCGAGAUAUGGAGCGAUUUAGACAAGAGGCAAAAAGUUUCGACCGACCGUCCAGAAAUUCUCUUGUCUCUCAAUUAUUUACCAUCGGCGGGUCGCUUGACCGUAGUCGUUCUGAAGGCUUCGAACUUAGUCGCUCCCGGCUCUAAGGAAGUACCAGAUUCCUUCGUCAAAGUAAGUUUGUACGGCGAAAAGAAAUCCAAGAAGAAAAAAACGUCGACAAAAAAGCACUGUAAUAAUCCUGUGUGGAACGAAGCCCUGUGUUUUGAUAUAGCCGAAGAGGAGCUAAAACAUGGUCGAUUGAUAAUUAACGUUCUCAAUUGUCAUCAUGGAAACGGUGUUCCGGCUUUCGGGACUUGCGUCCUGGGUGUUAACGAAAACGGAACGGGUGCCGCCCAUUGGAACGACAUGCUGUGCAAUCCGAGAAAAUCUAUUGCCAUGUGGCAUCCAUUAUAUUUGUAAAUGUGUCGUAUUUUUUUUUAUCCAUGUCGUUUCUUCGUUCGUGGUUUAAGAGAAUCGGUGGCCUUCUCGUUAGUUUUCGUCCGCUUGGCUUGCUCAAUGAUUAGACAUCAUUGGACGGCAUUAAGUUAUUUCGCGUUGUUUAACGGGUCAUUUUUUUAAAAAAAAAGAAAAAAAUCGAGUGUUUAAAAGCGGGUUGAGUCCAAAACACAUCCGAUACAAAGUAUCAUUUAGCUUAUUAAUUACUAUUUUUUCGGUGCACAUUUAUAAUGAAUUUCGAGUAUUUUAUUUAUAUUUAAUUAUUUUGGAGAUUUCGCCGAAGAAACUUUGUUAGGUCAUUACUCGGAGUGGUUUUUUAUGAAAGAUCUCGUUUUGAAAAAGCAUACUGCAUUUACAAUAUCUUUUAUAAAAUAUAAUAAAAGAAAUUAGCAAUUUUUCGUAAUAUUUUAUAUACAUAUAAAGAUAUUAAGAAGCGGAAUUGAUGGUUUUAAUCAUAAAUAUGUUUCAAUUAUAAUUUAAUUUUAGUGUAAUCUUAAGAUGCAUUUUCGCUGUUCAUUUUCUAUAGUAUAAUAUCGACUAUGUAUUUGUUUGUUCGUUUGAAUUGAGACAUUAUUGCUUUAAACGUCAUAUGGAUUAAUCAGUUUGAAUCAUGAAAGAAUUUCGUAUUUAUGGUGUCAAAUCAAGAGGAGUUUUAACAUUGUUGUGUUAAAUUUUUUAUAUUUUAAAAAAUAUUCGUAUUAUUUACCCCGAAUCGAACAUAUUUGUAACCUAUGAAUGAACCCAUCCUACGUGUUUUAUUUUUUUUUAGUUUUUCCUUUUAAUAUCCUCAUAUCUUGCACCGCUCUCCCAGAAAUAAUUUAUAUAUAAAUAUAUACCAUGGCAUAUACACACAUAACCUUUGAUAAUAUCGGGUAUUCUUAAUUUCCCUAAAUUUUGUACUUAAAUUGUUGUACAAAUGCACUGUUAAAAAAUAUAGAUGUUUAUAUUAUAAAUGUAUAAAUGAACGAAUGUGAAUGGAAAAAUGACAAAACAUGUUAUUGAAUUUGCAAUGUAUGUCGUGUAAAUAAAAAAAAAACGUGUAAAUAAAUUAUAU